GUGGUUGAGCGAAGUGAAUGACGUCUCUUCAUUUGCGGGCCGCCGACGCAGGGCUGGGUUUCCAUUUUCAGAGCGAGUUUCGGGGGGGAUCGUCAACAUGGAGCCGGAGAUGGAGGACAAAACGUUGGAGCUGAUGUGCUCUGUGCCUCGCUCUCUCUGGCUGGGCUGCUCCUCGGUGGCUGAGAGUUUGUGUGCACUCAGGUGCCUGCAGAGCAUCCCCUCCACCCGGGCUCACAACCAGAACACAUCAGGGAUGGAGUCACAGAACCUCGUGGACGACCUGUCGCCAAAGAAGAACACAGUUCUCAAGCUUAGUAAUGGUCCUGUUGUGGGGUCUCGCAAGCGUCCGUCAGAGGGGAACUAUGAGAAGGAGAAGGAGCACUGCAUCGCCCUGUUCGACCAGUGGUCGGAGGCCGACCAGGUGGAGUUUGUCGAGCGCCUGAUCUCCCGUAUGUGCCACUACCAGCACGGCCACAUCAACUCCUACCUCAAACCCAUGCUGCAGAGGGACUUCAUCACUGCACUGCCAGCCCAAGGCUUGGAUCACAUAGCGGAGAACAUCCUGUCCUUCCUGGAUGCACGCUCGCUAUGCUCGGCAGAGCUAGUGUGUAAGGAGUGGCAGAGGGUCAUCUCUGAGGGUAUGCUGUGGAAGAAGCUCAUCGAACGCAUGGUCCGCACUGACCCACUCUGGAAAGGCCUGUCUGAGAGACACCAGUGGGAGAAAUAUCUGUUCAAGAACCGCACGUCAGAAGUCCCACCCAACUCCUACUAUCACUCCCUUUAUCCCAAGAUCAUCCAAGACAUAGAGACUAUUGAGGCUAACUGGCGAUGUGGCAGACACAACUUGCAGAGGAUUCAGUGUCGCUCAGAAAAUAGUAAAGGGGUUUACUGUCUCCAGUACGACGAUGACAAGAUCAUCAGUGGCCUUAGAGACAAUUCCAUCAAGAUCUGGGAUAAGCAGUCUCUGGAGUGUCUGAAGAUACUGACCGGUCACACAGGCUCAGUGCUGUGUCUGCAGUAUGAUGAGAGGGUCAUUGUCACUGGGUCUUCUGACUCAACUGUCAGGGUGUGGGAGGUGACGACGGGUGAGGUACUGAACACACUGAUCCACCACAACGAGGCAGUUCUUCACCUGCGCUUUGCCAACGGCCUGAUGGUCACCUGCUCCAAGGACCGUUCAAUUGCCGUCUGGGACAUGGCCUCUCCAACUGACAUCAGCCUACGUCGUGUCCUUGUGGGACACCGGGCAGCUGUUAACGUGGUCGACUUUGACGACAAAUACAUCGUGUCCGCCUCAGGGGACCGCACCAUCAAGGUAUGGAGCACCAGCACCUGUGAGUUUGUGCGCACUCUAAAUGGUCAUAAGCGGGGAAUUGCCUGUCUACAGUACAGAGAUCGUCUGGUGGUCAGCGGCUCAUCUGACAACACAAUCCGGUUAUGGGACAUAGAGUGUGGGGCAUGUUUGCGAGUGCUGGAAGGUCACGAGGAGCUGGUGCGCUGCAUUCGCUUUGACAACAAAAGGAUUGUCAGCGGUGCCUACGACGGCAAAAUCAAGGUGUGGGACCUGCAGGCAGCCCUGGACCCACGAGCCCCUGCCAGCACAUUAUGUCUGCGCACUCUAGUGGAGCACUCUGGCCGCGUGUUCCGUCUCCAGUUUGACGAGUUUCAGAUCAUCAGCAGUUCUCACGACGACACCAUUCUGAUCUGGGACUUCCUGAACGUCUCGACCAAUGGCCAGUCAGAGGGACGGUCUCCCUCCCGCACCUACACUUACAUUUCUAGAUAGCAGGUGGCGCCAUCCACCGCACCCUUUUUUCGGAAGAGCCCAGGGCUGAUUGGCUGAUGGGUGCAUCCAUCAUGGAAAGGAGCCCAUCUCUUCUCCUUCCUCCUCGUCAUUUCUCUGUCCACCUCCCACCCCGCCCCCUCCACCUCCCUGCCCGUUCUGACAGACUCUUGAGCUUGUGCCCAUUGCCUGCCAGUACUGUGACAUAUGCACACACACACACACACACACACACACACACACACACACACACACACACACACACACACACACACACACACACAGGUCAACAGUGGUGAGGAUUCCCUACUACAGAACCAACGCAACUCUCCCAAGAAGUUCACCUUCUACUACUAAUUUAUAUUUUGUAAAGUACACUAAUGACAGUAUUAACUAAGACAUUAUAUAAGUCACAAGCUCCCUUUUGUCCCAUGAUACAAACUUCAAGCAGCUUCUGCUCCUCAGUUUUCAGCCCCUGCCAAACCAGGUUUCAUAUGGAAUUUAUAUAUAUAUAUAUAUAUAUAUAUAUAUAUAUAUAUAUAUAUAUAUAUAUAUAUAUAUAUAUAUAUAUAUAUAUAUAUAUAUAUAUAUAUAUAUAUAUAUAUAUAUAUAUAUAUAUAUAUAUAUAUAUAUAAAAACACACACAGGCACACAGACACAGUGGCACAGUUGGACAGAGGAUGACCGGAGCUGUGAUGCGGGAGACAGAGACUCUUUACUCAGCUCUAGGAUAGGAGGGAAGGAUGGGAGAUGGAGGGAGUGAAUGAGGGAGAAACGUGUCGGGGAUGACUUCCCCGCUCCCUCUCACUCACUCCCUCUCACUCCUCCCUGUCUCUCUCUCCAACCCCCACUCGCCCUCCUCCCCUCUAACCCCCAGAGAUGCACACCCACUUGGAAUACGGGGGUGCACACACUCAAGUUUGCGUGAGUUUGUGUAUGUGGACUUGUGAAACGGCAGAACAGAGCAGAAGCGUCAAACAGACAGACAUGCAUGUGAGGUUGCCUUGGAUACAGCAUCCCGGUACACCUCUGCUCUUUUUUUUUUUUCUCUUUAACUCUUACUUUCUUACUAUUUUUUAUUACUGUUAUUUUCUCAUUUUGUUUGAGUAUUUUGGUUCUUAGUACAAAAAUCAUACUAAGCGUAGUCCUCUUUCUCUUUCCCUCUCUCUUACUGUCUUUUUCCUCAUUCUUUCUAACUUCGACCCUUGUUCAUCUGCUGUCCCUUUCACUCCAUCCUUCUCCCCCCAUCAUCUACGUGCUUGCUUUGGUUAUGAGAGAAGCUGGAACUCAAGAGCUCAAAUUUAGCUGUAAACGGAGUUGUCUUGUCAAAAAUUGUGUUGUAUAUUAAAAAUGAUUUUUUAAAGAAGAAAAUGACCUUAUUGUGAAUAAAGUACUUGACAGUGGUGGAGUGUUGAGCCAACUGUAACAUGAA